CAUUCAUCCUCAAUGAUUGUAGGUAAGUGUAGUCAGUAUAUGAGGUUUAUUAUUAACCCUGUAUCUAUUCCAGUCGCAAGGUCCAGUCAUCUGUGUAUUCUCGUACCGAUACCCAAUUAGACACCGGCUGAUAUUGAUGUGUCUUAUACUUCCUCAUCACACUGUGGCUAGUCCGGUAGUUCGCCUUGGUCACCCUGUAUAAAAGGGUUAUGUUUUGUCACAGUAAGUAUCAGUUCUUUGAUACCAAUAAAGAAACUAACAUGAAGACCAUAGUUUUCGUUUGUCUGGUGGCCACGGCUGCCGCUGCCGCUAAUGUUAAACACGCUCACUUAACAAAAGACCAAUCAGCCCGAGUCCACGAGUAUGGCAUGGAGUGCAUGAAGAAGACGGGCGUCAACGCUGAACUUGUCGCUAAAGCUAAAAAGGGCGAAUUCACCGAUGACGAGGCACUCAAGAAAUUCACUCUCUGCUUCUUCCAAAAAACUGGAAUCAUUACCAGCGAUGGGAAGCUGAACGAAGAAGUGGCACUGUCUAAGUUACCCGCCGAAGUUGACAAGGCUGCCGUAAAGAAGGUUCUAGAUGAGUGCAAGAAGAAGACCGGAAAAGAUAUGGCUGAUUCCGCUUUUGAAGUGUUCAAGUGCUACCACAAGGCCACCCCCACCCAUGUCUCUUUCUAGGCUGUGAUCAUUAACUUAUUUAUUGUUGGGUUCUUUUAAAUUAUUGAAUUUUAUUUAUUGAUUGUUGUUGGAUUUUAUGAAUUGAAUAAAUUUUAUUCAGUCUAU